UCCGUUUCUCAUUAGCUGAAUGUGCGUUUCUCAGCUGCAGGAAGGCCAUGAGAAGGUAGCUGAGCAGAUCAGCAGGGACGUGAGCCAGCUCUGCUCCCAGCUGGCUGCGCUGUGGAGCCGUUUCCUGGAGACAGCUGUGCUCAACCCCUACAUCCUGUCCUAUCUGGCCCAGGAGCAUCACACACUUAGGGUGAGAAGGUUCUCAGAGGCAUAUUUCUUCACCGAACACCCAAAAGAGAUCUGUUUGACGUUUCAGGAAGAGCUAAUCAACAGACACGGCCAGAUAGCUGCAGAAGUGCGGAGCUCUGACUACUUGACCAAAAUGCCUCCUUUGCCUGUCGAGUGCCUGGACAUCGAUGGAGACUGGAACAGCCUGCCCAUCAUCUUUGAGGACAGAUAUGCAGAGUCUCUGCUGACAGAAACGGUAUCGUAUGUGCCAAUACUUGAAACCACCAAAGAAUUCUCCGCCAAACGGAUUCUUCAUAGCAGCCAGGAAGCCAAAUCACCAGCAUUUUCCCGGCAUUCCUUGGAUAGUGAAGAUUGCAUGGACACUCCCGUGCAUAUCCCAGUCAAAGCGGAUCAAAGGCAAAAUUAUGUUACAGAUACCCAGAGCAUCACCCAGACUGAGCACGAUAGAGAAGAUUCGAUGGUUGACGAUCAGAAGUUGAAGGAACCAGCAGAAAGGCAUGGCACUGAUGAUGAACCCUUUCCUACAGAUCCAUCUACUGGAGAAGGAGCUCUUGUUCUUUCCUCUGAUUGUACCAACAGUGGUAAAGAGUCUCCUGUUCUCAACGGAAGAGAAAACUUCUCUGUACCUUGUGAUGGUAACAACCUUAGCACAACCAAUGAGCAAGAAAACCCUGAAGAGGACAGUGAUGUCGCUAUGCCUUUAAAUCACUCCAUGGAUGAUGACAGUGAAGAUGUUCCCCCCAACAGCGUGAGUCCCGCUUUGCCUCCGUUCCCCGGAGACCUCAGGAGAGAAAUGACUCAUCGUGGAGGCUUGGUAAGCUCAAAGAUCAUGAAGCGCUCGUCGUCUGUAAUCUCAGACUCGGGUAUCGAGAGCGAACCUAGCUCAGUGGCGUGGCCCGUGGAAGUCGCGCUUCGGGGACGACCGUCUCUAGAUUUCUCUAGUGAGCGAGAGAUCCCAAAACAAAUCGUGUUGGACCACCCAGUCCAUCGCAGCUGUCUGGAAGGCCUGCGGAUGGAGAGCAACGGUAGCCUUCCAAGUGGAGGCAUACAGGCCUCUCUCACUUCGAUUAGCUCCCUUCCCUACGAGGAGGACCAGCAACAAAGGAAACUCAGCAAACUGACUAAGUCUGUCUCUGCGCCGCAAAUAAGCAGCCCGGAAGAUGCGGAGGAAGAUCACAUUUUAAUCAGCUUGGAAAAAGACAGGACAAGCUCAGUGUGUCAGCAGGAUUUGUGCAUUUUGAACAUGGAUUCAGGACAAUCUGAGUUGUCUCAGCUAAGCCUAAAUACUGACCACAUUGGUAGGAGCGUGGGCUCAGAAAAUUCAAACUCUCAGCAGGAUCUAUCAGAGACCUGUGGAAGAAAGUUGGACUUAAGUGACACGUCUGAUGUGUUACUUUCCCAAAACUCCAUAGAGAGGCUUUUCGUACCGACAAGUGGUGACUGGGGGGAUGAAAAGAACCGUCAAAAACAAAUGACUGGAGAGAGCGCUUCAGUGGAAGAUGUGCAUCUCCUCGAAUUGGAAGUAGCUCCCUGUAGAUGUGGAAGCAAACCGUGUGUGUGUAAAAGUGCAGCAGAGCAGGGCAGCAGUAGCUGCGGAGAUGAUUGCCAGAGUUUCCACCAGAGUGAGCAGAGAGGCGUCGAGGACAGACAUCUGGAUCCCCCACAGAUGCCCCUGAAACACUCACAGUCCAAUGAUCUCACCAACAGGACCGCCGUCAGGCCCAUUGACCUCACAGGGCUGAGGGCCAUGGAAAUAACGUUGCCCCCUAACCUCAGCGGCACAUCGACGAGUGACAAAGACCCUUUGGAAAGCCAGACCAAGGCCUCAAAAAUUCCUAACUCCGGGCUGGCCUUUGUGAAUAAGAAGAUGGUGGAGGUGGUGAACAUGUCUGUGUCCUGCGCCCCGACUUGUCUGCCGUUUUCAUCCGUCCUUAGAGACUCCCCCUCUGUCAGCGGCAUAUCCGCUCGGCAGGCUUCCUCGCCUAUUACCCAUCAGCCUCUGGGCUCCUUCGGGAUCAUUUCCUCAUCUUCGCUCAGCCCCUUGGCCACGGAUGAGGAGACCAAUGAACGGAUGCUGAAUUUCUUCAAAGCCAAAGAGGAGCUUCUGAAAGAGUUGAAGUUCCAGGCUAGCUUGUACAGUGACCUUCCUCUCCUGGCGUCAGAUCUGCCCUACUUCCCUCCUGAGGAGGACGACGAGGAGUUUGAAGACGGGAUACAUCUCGUGGUGUGUGUCCACGGUCUUGACGGCAACAGCGCGGACCUCCGACUGGUCAAGACGUUCAUUGAACUGGGCCUGCCGGGAUCCAGGCUCGACUUCCUGAUGUCUGAACGGAAUCAGGCCGACACGUUUGCAGAUUUCGACACCAUGACGGACCGACUCCUAGACGAGAUCAUUCAGCACAUCCAGCUGUACAAUCUCACUAUUGGCAGGAUAAGGUCAAUAUUGCAUAAGUUUGACAUUUUGUCAUUUCUUAAAUUGCAAAGUGAUUUUCCCCCAACUUUUUUUCUGUGUGUGUUUGCGUGUGUGUGUUUCUUAGGUCUGUGGUUAAUGCAGAAGCUGAAGAAGUCGGGAUCCUUGCUGCAGCUCACCUUCAGAGAUCACGUCGAUCCGCGGAAAACCUUCCUCUACCUCCUGAGUCAGAAACCAGGGCUGCAGUACUUCAAGAAUGUGGUGUUGGUGGCGUCUCCACAGGACCGAUACGUCCCGUUCCACUCAGCCAGGAUAGAGAUGUGCACGACUGCCCUGAAAGACAGGACCACAGGGCCCGUUUACACCGAGAUGAUCAACAACCUCCUGCAGCCGGUGGUGGAGGCCAAGGAGUGCCACCUGAUUCGGCAGAACGUGUUCCACGCCCUGCCAAACACGGCCAACACGCUGAUCGGCCGCGCUGCCCACAUCGCCGUCCUGGACUCUGAGCUCUUCCUGGAGAAAUUCUUCCUGGUGGCGGGGCUCAACUACUUCAAAUAGAGGCAGUGGAACCACAGCUUACCAGAACCGAGAGUGGAGAGUCUACGUUUUCUCAUUACUCUGUACAGUCCAUGUUACGAAUGUAAAAAAAAAAAAAAAAAAAAAGGUCCGACCUGUAAAUCCUACCUUUUAGCCUCGUUAGCCAUCGUCCUAAAAGAAUUAGCGUGUCUUGACUGUUCCUUUUGAAAACUCAGAUGAGUGUGACGUGUAGCUACCCAACACGAAACAUCUGAGGGCGAUAAAGAGAAAAACGGAGGAUGUUUUGUCUGCCUUAUGUUACGCUCUCAGCCAGAAACACAAGCAGAAGCUAACGGCGUUCCCUGCUCUCCCUUUAGACCUCAUUUAAAACAUUCUGCGUUUGCUGGUUGAUGAAUUCUUUCGGUAAGAGUCACACCGAUGUUGUUCUUCACACCGUCUGUAGAACCAAUGCAAUAGAUGUGCGGUGUUUAACCCUAUGAUUGUACAUGGAGUAUAUUGUUGUACAGGAAACAGCUCUUCCUUUAUACAAAAGAGAUAUAUUGUUUAAAAUUAUUUAUUUUUACGUAUCUACAGUGUAAGUACUUUUAAAUGUGAACGUCCGUGUCUUUGUGUGAGCUCCAUUGAUGUUGUCCCAUGUGGGGGGAGGUGGAACAGGCUGUAGCUGAAAAUUGACGUCAUUCAUAGCCUUUUAGCUCAGUGUUAAGCAAAAAGUGAGUUAUUUUAUGUUUCUAAAGACUUUAGCAUUUUCCAAUCAGCAAAUUGAUCAAAACCCACAGCAGCCAACAAAGCUACUGAAAACACUAAGCAUCAACAACAAAGUGCUAGUAACCUUUGUCACAUGUAUAAAUAUCUGCCCAUUUAAAAAUAUUUAAAACAAAACUAUAAGGGUGUAAAAUAAUACUAAAUCUAAUAGCAAAGUUUCCAGGUUUGGCUAGAUGAUGACAUCCUUGCUUAACGACAUCAUCAUCUAGCGAUGGUGUGCAGGUGUUACACUCAACAUUUUAGAAUCCUGGUGCGUGUGGACGGUUUGUCAUCGACAUGAACAAACUGAAGUCCAUAACACAGAUUGAAUGCAUCUGUCAGAUUACUUCAAGAAUUCUAGAUGAGAAAAAAAUAUUAGCUACAGGUUAAUACAUGAAGGAGUAUUAAAUCUGAACAGGCUGCAUUCUAAAAGUAUUUUAGUGCUAUAUUAAAUUCUGUGUUACUGUACAACUCUAACAACAGGUGUGGCCCUCAUAAGUGUGACUUUUAGGCCGUUUUGAAAGCGUAAGAUUUUACAAUAAAUGUUCCCUCUGUGUUUAUAUUAAACAAUAAUAUGCGUGUAAAAACAAACGUGCUUUCAGAUUCUAACCUGCAGCUUUGGGUUUAGCUUGAACCACUUGCUUUUUGUACAGAAACCUCCACAAACAACAGAACAGGACAUUCCCUUUAGUCGUAGGGCAAAAAGUCUAGAGACACGUUUCUACAAAGAAGGCUGGGUACAACCCAAGUGUCAGGACAUAGCAUUAGAGUCUGCCACCCACUAGGUGUUCCUUGUUAGCCCGGAAAGUGUUUUCAUGUAAAAUUCUAAAUUAUUACAUUUUUCCGACCAGCCAAUAUGUUAUCUUUAGCUAGGUUCAAUGACAACAUAUUACGGUCAGUGUAGGUAAAAAUGAGUAAGUUUCCGCCAAAAAAUCUCAAAAAUUUGAAAGUGAAUCUCAGACAUUUUCUAGAAAAAAAAAUAUUGGAUGUUCAAAAGCCUAAAACUUUCUACGUUUGAAAAUGUUUGACUUUUAAACUCAUUAAUGUCCUUUUUUUUUCUAAAAAAAACAAAAAAAACAAUUGUUUUUUUUCAUACAGAAAUGUAUGUAUCCACAUUGACCCUAAUACGGCGCCAUAAGAUUCACUAUGAUCAACAUGCUGGUGGCUUCACUUAAAAAACUAAAAUC